AUGAGCAUUUCAGAAGAAACACAAUUUUAAUAUAAUUAAAGUUAAUAAUAAUCUAAAUAUUCGCCAAACAUUUAAGAUACUUUAUUGAGAUAUAAUCCAGUAGAAAUAGUAGAAUCACCUCCAGAUAAAGAAAAUUAUUUACAAGAUCCUUUAGAUAUUAAAAAAAGGCCAUAAUUGCCUACACUUGAUUAAAAGCCAACAAUCGAAGAUAUAUUAAAUAGCAUUUUUCCACCAAGAAAAUGGGAAUAAGAUGGUAAAUAUUAAAGAUAAACAAUAUCAUGUCAAGAAGCAUCAAGAUUAGAUUUACAAGAAUUAGAAGAAACAGUAAAUUAUAAAUUAAAAGUUAGAUAAGCUAGAAAAAAUGGAAUAUGCCCUGUAAGAGAAGAUUUACAUAAUUAAUUAUUUGAUGAAAUUAUAAGAUAAAACACAAUAAAUUGUCCUGAAAGAGGUUUAUUACUUUUAAGAGUAAGAGAUAAUCUUAGAAUGACAUUUGCGGCUUAUUAAACUCUUUAUUAAGGGUCAGUUGUUUUUGGAGUUAGAAAAGCACUUUAGGCUGAAAAAGAUAAACCAGAAUUAUAAGCAAGAAUUGAAGAAUUAGAUAAAAAGAAAAUAUUUUUACAAAAUAGAUAAAUUAUAUUAGAAAAUGAACUAAGCUCUAUUGAAGAAAGCUUUAAAGAAAUAAAAGCUAUUGAAGAGGAAAGAAGGUAAAAUGAAACUAAUUACCUUAAGAACUAAACAAAAAGUUUAGAAUAAUUUUUAAAAAGUGUAUAAAAUAGUAUUUGA